UGUCUCCCUCUAGCUCCAGUCCCCGCAGAGUAAAAGUCACGUUGGAAGGAAAAGGGGAGAGAGAUAUCUCCUUACAGCUGCUGUCAGAUAUCCGAUCGCGUUCGCAUGGCGAGGGGGUAACCUGAUCGAGCUGGGAGGAGUGACUCUACAAGGGAAGGCUUGAACAAAAAAAAUGUCUUCUUCUUCUGCCGGAGAGGUCACAACAGCAAAUGACAUCAAGAGGGAAAAUGUGAAGGAGGUGGAUACACGGGAGUGUAUUAAGCUUGUGGCUCUGGACGCAGCAGAGUUGUCCAUGGAGCGCACGGCUCCAAACACUGACGCGGUGCGCACGGAGCUGUUGGUGAGCGCCGCUUCCUCUCUUGCGUUCUCUCCGGAGCAAGUAGCGUGCGUCUGCGAGGCGCUCCAACAGGGAGGCAAUGUGGACCGGCUGGCCAGGUUCCUGUGGUCUCUGCCACAGAGCGACUUGCUCCGCGGCAACGAAAGCAUCCUUAAAGCCCAAGCUCUAGUUGCUUUCCACCAGGCUCGGUAUCAGGAGCUUUAUAGUAUUCUAGAGAACCACAGUUUCAGUCCGUCCAACCACACCUUUUUGCAAGAUCUGUGGUACAAGGCCCGGUAUACCGAGGCGGAGAAGGCGCGGGGAAGACCCCUGGGCGCCGUGGACAAGUACCGGAUCCGGAGAAAGUACCCUCUCCCCAGGACUAUCUGGGACGGCGAGGAGACUGUUUAUUGUUUCAAGGAAAGGUCACGAAACGCGCUGAAGGAUCUCUAUAAUCAAAAUAGGUACCCGUCUCCAGCUGAGAAAAGAAACCUCGCCAAGAUAACAGGACUCUCCCUGACCCAGGUCAGCAACUGGUUUAAAAACAGGAGGCAGAGAGACAGAAACCCUUCGGAGGCACAAUCAAAAAGUGAAUCCGAUGGCAAUCACAGCACAGAAGAUGAGUCAAGUAAAGGCCAGGAGGAGCUAUCCCCUCGGCCGCUCUCCAACUCUUCCGAUGGAGUGAUAACUCAUGGGACCCUUCCCAUUCAGUCGGGAUCUCUGGACAGUGGUGUUGUUAUCCAACAGAUCGGGGACAUUAAGGUGCCUCCAGGAUCCGGUGGUGGCAGCCUCUACAAUGGAAGUCUAGCAACCAGUAACACACCCUCCACUGUAUUUCACAAUGGUUCGUCUUACCUUUCUUCCCCUGGAAACAUCCUCUUCAAUGGACUCAACCUGGGCAUUCAGCCCUUGACGUUUAACCCACUGAGGUCGUCUGGUGGGGUGCUUCUAAGCGGCUCUGGACUGGACAUGCAGAUGCAGAGUGGACAGCAAAAAGGACUGGACAGUGCUGAGGAGUCCUCCUUACAGUACCACACCUACUCCGGCUGUUUAAACGGGGAAGACAUCAAGGCAGAAGGGGUUCACACCAUGGCGGUCCAGAAUGGAGCCUCCUCUGUGCUGACUUUCAGUUCUCCAUCAGCUGCUUUACAUCUGGGUGGCUACAAUCUAGUCCAGGUACCAAGUGGAGUGACAGACAAUGAUGGCAGCUCACUGCUCAACAGUGAUGUAGGUCUUCCUCCCUUGCAACUUUCUUCGGCGUCGUCUUCUUCAACAAUUACAGAACAAGGUUCCAUGCCUCUGAAUAACGUAGCAGUGUCCUCCUCCAGCGAUGAUUCAUUCCAGCACCAGGACAAGCUGACCAUGACGUCUCUGCACCACAGCACCAUCCUCUACAGUAUGAGCAGCAGUGCCCAGCAGCCAAUCAAAAAGGAGCCCUUAGAAGCAGGAAUGUACUCCUCGUACCACCACGGGCUCCACCUGAACCCUGACGGUCAGAUCAGCUACACAGACCCCAACUCAGUGGAGAUUGCCUCAAGUCACAAUACCGCCUCCACUACUGAUGCUGUCAGCUCGUCCAGCCCCGAGCCAGAAGUCUACACCACCCUGACUGUCAGCGCACCACUGAUGGCUCAACCAGACCCUAACAACCACCACCUCCAAUCCACAGAGUACCUCAGGACCCACGAGGGGCGACAAGGAGCCUCAUCUUCACACCUGAUUGGUCCUGGUAUUAACAGCAACUAUAUGAACCUUCCUGAGAGUAAAGUAGAUGGAUCAGGGUCUGGAGGCAUGAAUGAAAUGGUGCGGGCGAUGUGCGGCGAGAUGGAAGCGGCGGGAGGCAAGGAGCUAGCCAAACUACAGACAGUGCAGAUGGAUGAAGACAUGGCUGACCUUUAACCUUGCAUCUGACCCCUCACAGAGGUGCCUCACAACCCCCUGAUAUGAUGAUUCUUUUUACUUAUGUGUGAGUGUGCGUGUGUGUUUCAAAACCCUUGAAUUUCCUUUAAAUUAUUUGCAUUUGUUUGAUUUUUUAUAAUGCACUCUAAUCAGAAAAGAGCCCUUUGAGUGGAGGAAAACAAAACGCUUGUGGCACAUUUCAGAAGCUCUAUUCGUGAGACGAACCCUUAUGACUGCAACGAGCUAACAGAAAGAGUCACCAUAUCUGUUUGAGCCUCGUUCAAAUGUGCAUUUUUAUAGACAGCACCUGCUACUUCCUGUUGAGUGGAUCUGAUCUGCAGGAGCAGGUGCUAGAAUGCCUUUCGUCACGUGACUGGGACGUUCCUCCAAACUAAAUGCGUCAUGUGGGUCAGAGCAAAAAGGUCAUUCUGGAAUGAGAGGGGAGGUAGGAAGAGACGCUACAAAACUCGUCAGUUAAAAAGCUUCACUGAAGGACUAUGAAGAAUGGGUCAAUAAACACUCAAAAGCUGCUGAUUUUGAAAACAAAAAAGUGUCCUUCAGGAAGCACUUUAAAUCUUCUGAAUGGGUCUCUGUUCACCACUUUGUGCUUUCUAUCUUUUAAAACAACGUAGUGGAGCUGGAAGUGGUGGAAAAGUGAAGAUGAAUGUGCCUUUCUGCUUCCUAAAUCCUCAGUAGUAUUGGUUGGUUUUAGCAUUUGCACUACAUGACACUAAAAAGUUUCAAACAGCCUCUCAUGCUGAUGGGUUGGUCCACAUGCGACACCCCUCAACAAUGUACAACCUCACAGUUACGGCUCUGAGUAAAAGUGUCAUCCGUCACCCUUGAUGCAAAGAUAAAAAUGGAGAUCUCAAGGUCUCAUGUUUUUACUUUUUUGUCGUAUGUUUUAAAUUUGCUGCUGCCUGCAGCAUGUAAAAGAGAUAUGAUGUCAUUGUACUAUAAUUCUCAUCACUCAGUCAUGACAGUUUUCUUCAAAGCCAAUUGCUCACAAAUAUAAUGUGUGCACUUUUGGAGAGUUCAAAGAACAAAGGGAAAUGAAACAGCAGAGUUGGCUUUGUUUUAUUGUCCCUCUGCACCAACAAAAAGAUUGAAAUCCUUUAUCUGUGCAUGGUAUCACAAAAGUUUUGGAAUCAAGUGCAUUUCUGUUUUUUUACAGCUUUUUUUUUAUUUUUUAUUGUGCAACUCUAAAUGUAAGCUCAGCGAGCCGAAAGCAGCUUUGGAGAUUUAUCACCGCCGCCUCUGCUGGCACUGCUUGUGAAGGGCUGUCCACCUCAUUUCAUGAUAGGAGCUUUUUAAACAAACAUCCUCCACUUUUAGCAGUGCAUCAUCUAAAUGCCAGUGGACUGUUAAUGUUUUUCACUGUCGGGACAUAUGACUGGAUUUUUAGAAUGCUCAGUGCUUUAUUGUCUCAAACCAAAAGAAUUUUGAGCAAAAAAAGUAAUUUUAUGUUUUUUUUGUUUUGUUUUUUUAAUCUUAGUUUGAAUUAUAUGUUUGUUAUUUGAAAUUAUUUGAAUGUAU